AUGGCGCCAUUCGAGGCCCUAUAUAGAAAGAAGUGUUGCUCUCUUAUUCAUUGGAGCGAUGUAGGGGAGAGGGUGGCUCUUGGUCCCGAUGUGGUGCGGGAGGCGAAGGAGAAAGUUCACCUUGCCCGCCAACGACUUGCGACAGCGCAAUCUCGGCAACAAAGUUAUGCCGACAAGCGGAGAAAGGAUUUAAAGCUCGCGGUUGGAGACCGCGUAGUUUUGAAAGUAUUGCCGAUGCAAGGCGUAAGGAGGUUUGGUAUCCGCGGGAAGCUAAGUCCCCGGUAUGUCGGACCAUUCAAGAUUUUGGAGCGCGUCGGUGCCGUGGCUUACAAGCUUGCAUUACCACCAAGGCUUGCGGGAGUUCAUAACGUAUUUUAUGUGUCAAAUCUCCGCAAGUAUGUACGAAACUCGACGCAUGUGUUAGAGUAUGAACCUGUGGAGUUGAGCGAGGAUAUGACUUAUGAGGAAUAUCUAGUUUGUAUACUUGAUAGAGAGGAAAAUAAGUUGCGGAAUCGCACAAUUCCUUAUGUCAAAGUCCAGUGGAGCAAUUAUGCGGUGCGUGAAGCCACUUGGGAGCUUGAGGAGACAAUGAGGAAGAUGCAUCCUCACUUGUUCGAGUCGACGAGCUAA